AUGGACCCAUAUGAAGACUUAAUUAAAAAAAGUCUUAAUGAACAACAUAUUGAAUUUUACGAAUACUCUUGCUUCAAAGAUGUUAAGCUAAUUGGAGAAGGAGGAUAUGGAAAAGUGUACAGUGCCAUUCUCAAAAGUAACGAAAUCACAGUUGCAAUAAAAUCAUUUAAAAAUAAUGUAGCCAUUAGAGAAGUUGUUAAAGAGCUUAAAUUACAUCGUAGAGUGGAUAUGCAUUCUAAUAUCAUACGUUUACAUGGUGCUACUAAAAAUGAAGAUAAAACAAAUCCGAAUUCUAUACAUUACAUGCUUGUUCUUGAAUAUGCUGAUAGCGGAACUUUAAGAUCGUAUUUACAAAAUAAUUUUAUACAUCUUUCUUGGAAUGAUAAAAUUAAUUUUGCAUUACAAAUUGUCAGUGCAGUUAAAAGUUUGCAUACUGAAGAUAUAGUACAUCGUGAUCUGAAUUCAUCAUUAAAAAUAAAACCUAAACAACAAAUCAUAAAUAGAUAUUUUUCUUCAAAACCAUUAUUAUUUUCAAGUGAACCUUUAAAUCAAAAUAUAUUAAUUCAAAAAAAAAAAAUACCACGUGGAAAAGAAAAAAGUUCUAAUGCUGAUACGUUAAGUCCUCAAACAAAAAAAGUUCUUAAAAGUUUAGGUAUUUUAAGUGCGGGAUUUGGUUACAAAGAUUUAAAUGCUUUUAAAGCAUGGCAUAUGCGAUUGCAGGCACGUACAAAUGAUAUUACGCAUUUUUUUACGGAACCUUCAUCAGAUAAAUUAUUACCAGAUAGAGAUACAAUACCAAGUCUUCCUCCAUUAACGCUAGUGAUCAAUCUUGACCAAACUCUUAUUUAUUCUACUUGGGAUAGAAAACAUGGAUGGAGAACAGCAAAACGACCGGGUGUUGAUUAUUUUUUAUACGCUGCUUCAAAUCUUUUUGAAGUAGUCAUAUUUACUUCCCAGCCUUCUUAUGUUGCUGAACAAAUACUCGCAAAGCUCGAUCCACUUGGCAUGGUUCCAUUUAGACUUUUCAGAGAAUCAACACGAUAUGUAGAAGGAAAGGAUAUUUCCAAAUUAAAUCGAGAUCUAUCUAAAGUAAUAGUUAUGGAUUCUAAUCCUGAUGCUUAUUCUUUGCAACCUGAAAAUGUGAUCACUGUUCCUCCAUGGACAGGGGAUCCUAAUGAUACUUAUCUAGUUGAUAUCAUUCCAUUUCUCGAAGGUAUUUCUUUAUUGUUAUCUGAGGUUCAAGACAUUCGUCCAGUAGUAAAGGAAUUUCAAGGAAAGAACGUUACAAAAUUUUAUCCGGAAUGGGAAGAACAAUGGAAAACAAAGCAUCAACUAGAAUGGGAAAAAGCUAAACCAAAAAAAGAAGGUUUGGCAAGAUUUGUUUCAAUGAUUGGUGGUAGUCAAGUGCAUGAACAAGUAAUGCCUCAAUAUCAACAAGCAUUAAUUCACCGUCAGAUGGUUCAUAGUGAAUUACUAGAACAUUAUAAAUCUAUAAAGGAUAGAGGUCCGGAAUUACAACGUGCGAUAGAUGAUUACGAGAAAAAAAUUCAAGAAAGCAUGAAAGAACAAAAAAUUACGCACUGGCAGUUAUUAACUAAGGGACCACCACAAAUUCCGUUUCCACAACCUGAUCAACCACUACCACCUCAAUCACAAUAA